CUGGGAACUAGAGAUUCCUAGAGGUAAGACGGCCAUGUUAUUUUGAUAGCUACAAGCAGUUCCAGGAAAAUACAAAACGUAUUUUCCUUCGAAACAGUUCACAGAGAUGCCAUCUCAACGAAGAUAUAGUUCAGCUGAUGGCUGUUGCAUCUGCGGAGUAAAUAACUCAACUGAACCGUUCGUAACUGUUGAUAAAAUUUCGCCCAACCAGAAAUCAGUAACAGAGGUGUUAUUGAAAUGUUUUCAGUUGGAAAAGGAAAGGACAGGAGAAAUCUGCGAAAGCUGCACUUCUAUUGCCAAAAAGUGGCUUAAAACAAGUAAAUCGAAACGAAAUACAACCAAUUUCAAGAAGGUUGUUGACAGCAAAAGAAGGUUCAAACAAAGAACGACUAGACGAUCAAGUCAAUCUACUGAUUAUAAUCAAGAAGGAAGCAGUAAACGUUCUAAGAAUGAUGAACCAAUUCCAAAGGCAAAGCUGCCUAGCGAAGAAAAGUCAGAAACUGAAAGCAUAAAAGAAUACAUACAGGCACCUACUGAAGAUCAGUUAUCAGAAGAGGAGCAGGAAGCUCUUCCUGAUCAGAUUGAUAAUAAUGGAAGCCCACCAUUGGCUUUUGAUUCAAACUGUCUUAGCCCAGAUAUUCCCAAUGAAGAUAGAACUGAGAUGGCUGAAAAGGAAACAGUGUCAGUUGGAACACAGACUGCAUUUUUAUUUCCUGCACUGACAUCCCCACAGGCUAAUGCAAAUAGACUGCCAUUUAUUGAUCUCUCAAAAUGGAGGCAAGAAGAGAUAUGCUGUGGUACAAUUUUCAGAGGGCCUAAUGGUGAAGUGCUUGUAGACCCUAAAUGGCUUAGGCCUUCCUGUGAGAUGUGUAACAGAAGCUCACAGCCCCCAACUCCAGUUGAAAAAGGCAACUCUGAGGAAAUAUCAGUAUUUGAUGACAAACUUGCCAGUCUUUGUUCCUAAAGAACUAUUGGAAAUUCAAACUGGAAAAUCUCUUGAUGAACAAUGCAAAGGGCAACAUCAGAAUAGAAGUUGGGCGCCACUAUUGUGUAUGGAAGACUUUCUGUUGACAUUUUCAAAAGUUGUAAAUUUUUAAAAUAAAAAGUUGUAAAAUAAUAUCAGUGUAAUAUUUGAUUUAGUCCUGAAUUUGAUUUCGUCUUAGUUAGAAAUUGUUUAAAAUAUUUUAUACUCCUUGUUUAGUUUCAAGACUCUCGUCGUUUAGGCCAUUAGUGUCAAUUCAGACAAGAUUGAAAGGUUAUGCAGUUACAAGAUUUCAUCAUGUAAGCCUCUUUUCAGCAAAAUGCAAUGCCAGGUACUAAAGUUUCAUUUAUUUUUUGAAUAGUGUUGCUUGAAAACGAAGAAAAUUAAGCAGUCAAAAUGUUUGCCCCUAGAUCAGAUAUUUGUAAUACUUUUGCAUAUUAUCCAGGUCCAGCUAUCCAUGUAGCCUUCUUGUUAACAAUCUAGGCCCUUUUUUGUUUAAAGACAGAACAAAGAUGCAGCCUUCAGUCCACUACCUUGACCUGCUUUAGUAGGAAUACCGUUACUUUAAUGAAAUGUCCAAUUCCUUAUCUACUUUUUCGAUUUUUUUUUAAAUAACUAGAUUGUCUAAAGAUAUAGAAACUAUGAAGAGUAUUGAUUAUUUUCUAUUUGAAUCUUUAUCUGUCGAUAGAUAUCAAUUUAAAGUUUAUUAUAUUCAAUUACAAAUUUAAAAGAGUUUAGUAAUAUUGCGAAAAAGUCAAAACAAGACGAUUUCUUUUUGUAUCGUUCGUAUUGAUAAAAUUGGUGGCACAGCAGGCUUUAUUGAUGUAGAUUUGUUAGUGAAUAGAUCUUUUCUGCGAUCAUUAACACCCAGAAAGGUCCAUUAAAGCUUAGGCCAUUUUCGGACCCUUAAACAAGGACAUGCCCCUCCGAGUUUAAUUACGUCUCGUUAAAGAAAUCCUUGGUUAUGCUUAGCAUCUAGCUUUAUUGGCAGUCCUGCGAAUGAAAAUCAGUGACAGGUUUCUUGAACAAAAAAAUCCAAGUCAUUCUUUUUAUUAUUUACCGGUGAGACGUUGGCAAUAUAUGCCUAUUGGUGUAUGGAUAGGAAGACUUUUCUUGUUCCCGUGUCACAUCUUGGCCCCUUACUCUUGUCUGCCAUCAUUAAAAAGUAAGCGUGUCAUCUUUGUUCUACUGUUUAUGAACUAGUUUUAUUUUACUGUUUUUGUUAUAAAUUUUGUUCGAAUUAUCGUGAAGUCGUAGUUUCUUACUCAGAAAUUCGUGUCCAAUUUUGAUUAAGUAUGUUCAAUUUUUCCAAAUUUCUACAUUUGUACCUAAGCGGUUAUCACUAUCUACUUGUGUAAA